AUGCGAAGGAGACGCAUUCCUCCACGGGAGGAUGCAGUCUGUCAUGUUUCUGCUGGAAGGAACAAACUGGGACUUGAUAUCCACUACAUAAAUGCCUUCAAAGGUCGGGGCAUUUUCACGACUGUUCCAUUCCAAAAAGGAGACUUCCUUUUGGAAUACAGAGGUAAACUCAUAACAAAAGACGAAUGUGAGCGGAGACACAGAGUUUAUCAUGACAGCCUGAAGGUGUUCAUGUUUGAAUUCAAGUUUGAUGGAAAACUCUGGUGUGUGGAUGCAUCUCAAGAAGAUGGGUCAUUAGGCAGACUUGUCAACGACAACCACAUCAGUCCAAGUGCUAAGAUGAAAAUAUUAAAUAUCAAUGGAAAGCCCCAUCUAUGCUUAUUUGCAAGCAGAGACAUAAGUCCAGGCGAAGAAAUAGACUAUAAUUAUGGUGACUCGGAUUGGCCCUGGAGAUGCAAGACUGAGACCAGCCAGAUUCAGAAGACUGUGAGCUGCCUAAAGCCGCAACCAAACUGCAUUCCAAACAAUGAUCUGGACCUGAAACAUCCAGAGCCUGAAAGGGAUCAUGAUGAAGAAAUGCCUCAGCAAGGCUCAGAAGCCAUGCAUUCUUCUUCAGCGCAAGAUUCUGAAGAGACUGAGACAAGCCAGAUUCAGAAGACUGUGAGCUGCCUAAAGCCGCAACCAAACUGCAUUCCAAACAAUGAUCUGGACCUGAAACAUCCAGAGCCUGAAAGGUGUCACAGUCAUCGUCUGGUGUGCACAACAAUAUCAUCUUUGGACAAGUGCAUUCAGUGUGUGGGACCGGUUUCCUCCCUCAAGUGGCUUGGCUAUAAGUGCAAAGGAGAGAGUGGCGUUGUGGACGUCCAAGGGGGUCGCACAAUCAGGAGGCAGUGA